AAGAUCUUGAAAACUACACCAGAUCCUUGAGAGAAAACUACAUGACACUACACCAUGAGUGACAGUAAAUGUGAUAGUCAGUUUUACAGUGUUCAAGUUGCAGAUUCAACAUUCACUGUACUAAAACGGUACCAGCAAUUGAAGCCCAUAGGAUCAGGGGCACAGGGCAUUGUUUGUGCUGCAUUUGAUACAGUCCUUGGAAUAAAUGUUGCUGUGAAGAAGCUGAGUCGUCCUUUUCAGAAUCAAACCCACGCCAAAAGGGCUUACAGAGAGCUUGUGCUUUUAAAAUGUGUCAAUCACAAAAAUAUAAUUAGUUUAUUAAAUGUAUUUACACCACAGAAGUCACUAGAAGAAUUUCAAGAUGUAUACUUGGUUAUGGAGCUGAUGGAUGCAAAUUUGUGCCAGGUUAUUCAUAUGGAAUUGGAUCAUGAAAGAAUGUCUUAUCUUCUUUACCAAAUGCUAUGUGGUAUCAAACAUCUCCACUCAGCUGGUAUCAUCCACAGAGAUUUGAAACCCAGCAACAUAGUAGUAAAAUCAGAUUGUACCCUCAAAAUCCUUGAUUUUGGACUGGCAAGAACAGCCUGUACUAACUUUAUGAUGACUCCAUAUGUAGUAACACGGUAUUACAGAGCACCAGAAGUUAUCCUUGGAAUGGGAUAUAAAGAGAAUGUUGAUAUCUGGUCAGUUGGGUGCAUCAUGGGAGAAUUGGUGAAAGGUUGUGUGAUAUUCCAAGGCACUGAUCAUAUUGAUCAGUGGAAUAAAGUUAUUGAACAACUAGGAACACCAUCCGCAGACUUCAUGAAGAAACUGCAGCCUACAGUGAGGAAUUAUGUAGAAAACAGGCCAAAAUAUCCAGGUAUUAAAUUUGAAGAGCUCUUCCCAGACUGGAUAUUCCCAUCAGAAUCAGAUCGUGACAAGUUAAAAACCAGUCAAGCUAGAGAUUUAUUAUCAAAAAUGCUUGUAGUAGAUCCAGACAAGAGAAUUUCUGUAGAUGAAGCCUUACGCCAUCCUUAUAUUACUGUCUGGUAUGAUCCUGCUGUAGCAGAAGCUCCCCCACCCCAAAUCUAUGAUGCACAAUUGGAAGAAAGAGAACAUGCCAUUGAAGAAUGGAAAGAAUUAAUAUACAAAGAAGUAAUGGAUUGGGAAGAAAGGAGCAAGAAUGGUGUGGUAAAAGAUCAGCCCUCAGCACAGAUGCAGCAGUGAAUAGCAACACCAGUCCUUCCCAGUCAUCAUCUAUCAAUGACAUUUCAUCCAUGUCAACAGAGCAAACAUUGGCCUCAGAUACAGACAGCAGCCUCGAUGCCUUGACAGGACCCCUUGAAGGAUGUCGAUGAUCAGGCAGGAUUGCAGACUUGACUUUGGAAAAGAGCUCUUGCUUCCAUCGGGCUUGAAUUGCUUGUAAGUUAAUGGAACCAAGUAGAAAAACUCCAUUCUGCAUGUUCUGCUAAAGUAAUGCCUGUUUUUUUACUCAGUUGUUAUGAAAUUGCCUGCUUAAUGUUGUAGAAUGAAAGCAAAUCAAUGUCUAAAGAACAAAAAAA